UCCUCCCAAAGUACCCUUUACGGAGCAGUACUCUUUCGCCGAGAGCAGGUUGGCUGGUUGAUCGCAUGUGAGACAUUUGUAACAGUAUUUUGGAACGUGGUUCUCUGUAGUCAAUACUUUUUCCUUGUUCAGCUAUACUGUUUUCACUUCGUCGUCAGACGCUUUUCUCGUGACAGUGUUUUAUUCCAUCAAUUUAACUGUUGUAUAACAAGCUUUCACAUCAAUCAUAUAUUUGAUUUGUCAAGCAGGCUUACAAAAUAGACCUGUUCGUUCAUAGAUUUAAAAUGGUGCAGACAGGCAAACCACCCACUCAACAUACACGAGACUCUUCGGGUGAUUCGUUAGUCUCCAGUGAUCCCUCUAACCUCAAUCCCAUGACCAUGAAUCACACAAGCCCCAAAUACUUCCAAGCUCAAUCCGUAUUUGCAUCUAAUGGGGAAUCUGCUUUUCAAGGCAGCACAACCUUCAUUGGGAAAAGCAAAGAUAAUCCCUUUGUAGACACAUUCCUCGACCCACUUUGCAAGCUCAAUCUCAAAGAGACCUCUGAUUUUGUCAAGUCAUUUCCAAUGGUAAACAACAUCACGGAAGGUGGAGGGCUUCUUGAGCUUUCGGCUCAGAGGGGGAGAGAGGGAGUAAGCUCGGUCACUCAGAGGAGAGUGGAGGCUCCUUCGACUCCUGGUAGACCUGUUUUCAGCUUCAGUUUCGGUGAUCAUUUAAGAAAAAACUUCCCUUCAAAGUGGGACAACGCAGAGAAAUGGCUGGUGAGCAGCUCUUGCCAUGACUCUCCUGCCCACUCCAUAAAGCCACCGGAGUCCUCGAAGAUCUGCAGACAGUCUGAUAGGUUUAGGCAACAAGUGGAGGUCUUUGCAGAGACAUCAAAGGUCUUUGCAGAGACAUCAAAGGUUAUUGAGGAAAAGGUCUCAAAAGUAGUUUCAAGCUUUCAAGGUUCUGCAUCUUUGGACCAUCAUUACUUAAUUUACUCGGUCAGAGCUCUCAAUGAGAUCUCAGCUUCAACGGAUAUAUUACUAAAAGAUAAGUACACGGACGACAUAGAAACCAUUUUUCCCAAUUUCAGAUACUCGGAGCCCACUGAAGAAGAAUUCUUGUUCAAAAACAAAGCGGCUGGAAGCAUGAAAGAUGCCUGCACAGACGGGGUUUAUGAGGUGCAUCACCGAGAUGCUGGGACGGAGAUGACUCCACUCGGCAGUUCUACUACUACUUCUAGGUGCCACACGCCAUUGAAGAGCCCAUCCCCUGCCCUGCAUAACACGCCUGCAAAUAGGUCAGGGCCAUUGACCUUGGCGAACUCUGGCAGCACCGACAGCACCAUUGACGUUGCACAGCUGCAAGAGUGCCAUUUAGCCAAACUACAACUUGGGACGCAAUACGACUCGGUCGCGUCGAAUUGGAGCUCAAGGGAAGAGGAGGAAGAAGAAGUGUCAAAGAGCCUCAGACAUUUCGAUACAGAAAACAUGUGCAGGAAAAGUGCUUCAGACUCCAGAGCUGCCGCGUGGAAAGAAGAGGAAAAGACCAAGUGCUGCCUCAGGUAUCAAAGAGAAGCAGCAAAAGUUCAAGCUUGGGUGAACCUUCAAAAUGCAAAAGCAGAAGCUCAAUCAAGAAAGCUUGAGGUGAAAAUACAAAGGAUGACAUCAAACUUGGAAGAGAAGUUAAUGAAGAGAAUGGCAGUUGUUCAUAGAAAAGCUGAAGAAUUGAGAUAUGCAGCCCAGCAGCAACACUCGGAGCACAUGCGGAAAGCCAAUGAACAAGCACGUAAGAUGAUGAACCGGCAUAACUCCCAUUUUCCUGGCCACAACUCCUGUGGUUGCUUUCCUUGCAAUAACUAUCAUUGAGCGUUAAACAGAAGGCAAAUUCCCCAUUGUACAACGUGCAUUUCAAGUCUCUUAAUGAAGAGAAGACUACUGGUCA